AUGGGCGCGGAAUCCAAGAUGCUCCAGGCGAACCGGCUGAGGCGAGUCUUUACGCAAGACGAGCGCCCAGCAAUGGGCUUUUGGCAGAUGCUACCGGGGGCCAACAUCUCGAGGGCAUUGGCGAGGGCUGGAGCGGACUGGGUCUUGGUUGACUGCGAACACGGGGUCAUGGACGAUGCGGCAAUGCACGAAGCAGUCCCGGCAAUUGCGGCCCUUGGCGUUUCGCCAAUCGUCCGGAUACCAGACCUUCAGCCUUGGAUGGUGAAACGUGCCCUAGACUGUGGUGCUCAUGGAGUAUUGGCUCCGCUCAUACGGACGGUGGAUGAAGUGAAGGACUUCGUCGCUUCAGCAAAGUUCCCUCCAGAAGGGCGUCGAGGAUUUGGGUCACCAUUUGCCAUGCAGGCCUUCGACCCACUCCCGACCAUGACAGAGUACCUGCAGCAAGCGAACGCCAGCUUGCUAACGAUGGUUCAAAUCGAGACGCAGGAAGCCUUGGACGCGGUGGACGAGAUCGCGCCCUUGGUUGACGUCCUCUUCAUCGGCCCCUUUGACUUGGGUAACAACAUCGGCAAGCCCGUCAUCAACGGGAGGAUGGAUCCCGAGCUGGACGACGCAAUUGCCCGUAUCCUCGGAGCGACUAAGAGGGCCGGAACGAGGUGCGGGAUCUAUUGUACGAGUGGCGAACAGGCAAAGCACUACUCUGACAUGGGGUUCCAUAUGAUCACCGUGGCAACGGACAUCACCUCCCUGUCAGCCGUCAUGGCGGACACGCUGGCGAUAGCCAAGGGCGAAAGAUUGCCGGAAAGGGUCGGGUCGUACUGA